AUGUUUACAUCAACAAGCGAUAACUGUUCCCAUGGAGAACAACCCGUUUUAUUUCAAAUUGAAAUCGAUACUCGUUUAGAUACAAAACCAUAUUCCGACAUCUUUCAUGUGAGCUAUUUCCAAGAUGCGGAAGAAGAAGUUUUGAUAAUGCUAGGAGCCAUAUUCAAAAUCCACGAUGUAGCCUUCGACGAUGAAGAAAAGAUUUGGGUUAUAAAACUGACUAUGUGCCGAGACAACGAUCAUGAACUAAAACAUGUUUUUGAUUCCUAUAAGAGAGAUUUAGAAGAAGCUAAUCUUGUUUCACUAGGAAAACAUUUAUAUCAUAUGAACGAACUAGAUAAAGCCGAAGUUAUGUUCAGACGUCAUUUGGAUAUCGAUUCAGCUGAAGGAGGCGCGUAUACCGGAUUGGGCAUGAUCGCUUAUCGAAAAUGUGAGAUAAAUUCAGCCAUUCAAUAUUACGAGCGUGCACUUGAACUUGACGCCAAAAGACUGUUACUGCAACAUCCAAACACUGCAACAAACCACUUAUAUAUUGGUAAUGCAUAUAAAGACAUGGGAGUGUUUGACACAGCUUUCCAGCAUUACUCAAUAGCUCUUGAGAUUCGACUUCAUAUUUAUGGUGAACAUCACAUAAAAGUUGCUGCAAUUUACCAAAACAUGGGUAAUUUAUAUGACGAGAAAAAAGACUAUCCAACAUCACUUGAAUACAAGCAAAAAUGCUUGAAUAUACGAGAGAAAAUAUUGCCAAAAAUGCAUCCUGGUUUGGCGUUAAUCUGCAGUUCUAUUGGUACAACAUAUUCAAAUAUGUUAAACUAUGAGACAGCUCUUAUGUACGCAAUAAAAGCACAUGAAAUACAGAAGAAAAGUCUCCCAUCGUAUCACGUUCAUUUAGGUAUAAGCCAUAAUAACAUCGGAUAUUUGAAUCUGAUGUUAAACAACAAUGAUGAAGCGCUGAAGAAUUUGAACAUUGCACUGAGUAUUGAUCAAGUUGCUCGCUCAAAAAAAGAUCCUCAUUUUGCAACAACUUACCAGCGUAUCGGCAUGGUGCAUGAAAGAAAAAUGGAAUAUCCAUUGGCGCUUGAAAACUAUUUACAAGCUAAAGAAAUCCUAAACAGUUCAAACGUUUCAAAAUCACAUGUUGCUGACGUGCAAGAAGACGUUUUGCGGUUGAGAGAAAUUCUCAAAAGAUAA